AUGUCUGAUAAAACUAAACCAACUGUUCUCGUUCUUGGUGGUUUGGGUUUCAUUGGUCGUAACUUUGUUACUUAUUUGAUAGAAAAUGACCUUGCUUCUGAAAUAAGGGUUGUAGAUAAGGUAUUGCUUAUAACAACCGCUCUUAACGUCAGACAAAAAGCUGCUUUUAGUAAGGUUGAUGUUAAGCAAAAAGAUUUAGCUGAUCCAGUUUCAAUUAGUGCUGUACACGAAAGGGAAGAUGGAAGUUCAUACGACUAUGUCUUUAACCUUGCAGCUGAAACGAAAUAUUCUCAGAAUGAAAAGGUAUACGAAGAACGUAUUCUCGGACUAUCCGUUCGAAACGCUAAAGAGGCUGCUAAAAGGAAAGUAAAAGUAUUUGUUGAAGUAUCAACAGCGGAAAUUUAUCAGAGUGAUAAAAAUCCUAGUAAAGAAGAUGAGAAAAUUAAACCUUGGAAUGUUCCUGCGAAAUACAAAUAUAAAGCUGAGGAAGGUUUAAAAAAUAUUGAAAAUUUAAAUCUUGUAAUUUUGCGACCUGCGAUGGUUUACGGUUUAGGUGCUACAUCGGGUUUAGCACCUCGUCUUGUUUGUGGACGCAUUUAUAAAUAUAUUAAAGAAGAAAUGAAAUUCCUUUGGACUAAGGAUCUCAAAAUAAAUACCGUUCAUGUGACAGACGUUUGUCGUGCCUUGUGGCAUAUCGCAAAAUGGUAUGAAAGUAAUAAUAAAGCUGGUAAAGGACCAGUUAUUUAUAAUUUAGCAGAUAAGGGCAAUACGGAUCAAGAACGUAUUAAUAAACGUAUUGGAAGUGUUUUCAAUAUACCAACUGGUUUCUUUGGCACUCUCACUUCGAAUUUCACACAGCUUAAUCUUGAUAACGCAGUUGAAGAUAUAAAUGAAAAACACAUGCGACCUUGGGCGAUGCUCUUAAGGAAAAAUAGAAUUAAGAAUACUCCUUUAAGUCCUUAUUUGGACAAAGAACUUCUUUACAACAAUGCUUUGUGCGUUGAUGGAUCAAAGAUUGAAGAAACCGGUUUUGAAUAUGAAGUUCCACAAGUCACUGAUGAAAAACUUAAAGAAAUGGUUGAUGACUUUAUUGCUUUGGGCUUGUGGCCGGUGAAUCCCUCAAUUCUAGGUGACUUUAUGAUUGAACUUGGUGAAGAUAAAACUAUUGAUUUAUCUGUUGCUUUUAGAAUUGCUAAACUUAAUAAAUUAUUAACAGAAGUUUCUAAUACCAAAAACGUUAAAAACAUUAAAAAAAAUAGGGUAAAAAAAAAGGAACGCGUUAUUUUGGAAACCAAAAAUAAGCGCGGAAAUUCUGACAAGGUUGACGAGGUUGGCAAUAUUAAUAAGAACAAUAUACUUGGAUUUGAGGUACGCGUUUUCUAUUUUGUAGGUACAGAAGAAAGAAGGUUUACUCUAUUUUGUAGGAUAAUGUAA